AUGGUUUCAAAUAGCAAAAUAGCCCAAACCAUCAUUAUAACAAUCAAAAUACUCUCAUACGCCUUCCUUGUCUACGUAUACGUAGGAAGUUGGCCAAAACUGCUUAUAUUAGGGCUGUUUAUGCUUCUGAAUGGAAUGGCCCUGUCAUUUACGUCCUUCAAGGAUCCAGGCUACGUGAAACCAAGCAGAUUCGCCAAUUUUGAGCUGAGUGAAGUGGUGCUGAAUGACGGACUGGUCAUUCGAAUCAACGUCCACAACGAGUUACGAGAGGUUGUGGACUGUAACUCGUCCAUGAGCAGAGCCGAAUUGGAUCACCGUGGAAACUGGUAUUUUGUAGGCGACCUCUUUGAUGACGUUGAUGAAUUGGAUAAGUUGAAAAUGAUGCCUGGUAAAAAGAGUCAUGAAAUUGUUUGGUAUCAGAAAUACUGCGAUGACUGCAACCUGUUUCGUGCUCCAGGUGUCUCGCACUGCUGGGACUGUGGCCACUGCGUACUGGAUAAGGAUCACCACUGUCCAUCCUUAGACAACUGUAUUGGUCGGAACAAUCUUAGGCCAUUCAUGGUAUUCAUUCUCAGUGAUCUUGUUUUGAAUACGCUGAUUGCCAUUAAAAUGCAACUGAUGCUCUUUGGAUCAUCUCCAAUGAAUAUCACCAGUUUCAAAUCAAUAUUGGGCCACGUAUCGUCAAAAUGCAUCUUUCUGGUGCCACUUGGUGAUCUGAUUUUGGUUUGUAAGUUCUACUACAUCAGUGCAAUUGAUCUACGGGCACGUGAUUGGCACCUGAAGACCAGAAUGGGAAGACUGAACAUUCUUGAGUGGCCAAAGCGACUGCUGACCUUUCGAACUCCGAUUUAUUCGAUCUGA